ACGGCCGCAGAUACUCACACACUCUUCACUUUCAAUCUAGAUCGAGAUCACUCGACAGCCUAGAAAGCUACUCAUCCUAUCGAUCCUCCUCUCGGUUGUCACUGUAGUGAGAAACAUGUCGAAAUGGUGCGUGGUGACGGGCGGAAGAGGCUUCGCCGCCCGGCAUUUGGUUGAAAUGUUGCUCCGCUACGAGAUAUUCUCGGUUCGGAUUGCUGAUUUGCCUGCCAAAAUUGAACUAGAGCCGCAAGAGGAGGACGGAGUCCUAGGAGAAGCUCUCCGCUCCGGCCGUGCUCAGUACAUCUCCGCUGAUCUUCGCAACAAGAGUCAAGUGCUUCAAGCAUUUGAAGGAGCUGAAGUAGUAUUCCACAUGGCUGCUCCAAAUUCCUCCAUCAAUAAUUUCCAACUUCAUCACUCAGUUAAUGUUGAAGGGACAAAGAAUGUUAUUGAUGCUUGCGUUGAGCUUAAAGUAAAGAGGCUGAUCUAUACUAGCUCUGCUAGCGUCGUCUUUGAUGGAAUUCAUGGAAUCUUUAACGGGAAUGAAUCUUUGCCAUAUCCAGAAAAGCACAUUGAUUCUUAUUCAACAACCAAAGCUGAAGGAGAAGGUUUGGUCAUCAAAUCAAAUGGUAUCAGUGGGCUUCUAACUUGUUGCUUACGUCCUAGUGGUAUUUUUGGCCCUGGUGAUAGGUUGUUUGUCCCAGCUCUGGUUUCUGCUGCAAGGGCAGGAAAAUCCAAGUUCAUAAUUGGUGAUGGCAAUAACAUAUAUGAUUUCACUUAUGUUGAAAAUGUGGCACAUGCUCACAUAUGUGCUGAACGAGCUCUAGCUGCAGGUGGGGAAACAACAGAGAAAGCUGCGGGACAGGCAUAUUUUGUAACCAAUAUGGAGCCUAUCAAGUUCUGGGAGUUUGUCUCACAAAUUCUUGAGGGUCUUGGCUAUGAGAGGCCAAGAAUAAAGAUCCCUGCUAUUGUUGUCAUGCCAAUUGCACAUGUCAUAGAGUGGGCAUAUAGGCUUUUUGGCCCAUAUGGCAUGAAGGUUCCACAGUUGAUACCUUCAAGAAUCAGACUCCUUUCUGGUAACAGAUCUUUUGAUUCAACAAAAGCGAAAGAACGUCUUGGAUAUGAACCCCUUGUGCCUCUUCAGGAAGGCAUAAAAAGGACCAUUGAGUCAUACUCACACUUGAGAGCUGAAAAUCAACCUAAGAGAGAAGGACCAUCUAAAGCUUCUCUAUUUCUUGGACGUGGAAGAGUUGCUGACACCCUACUCUGGAAGGAUAGAAAGCAGACUCUGACUGUGAUUUUAGUUUUGGUUGCAAUUUACUACAACUUCAUUGCUUCUGGUUCUACACUCAUUACUGCACUUUCAAAGCUUCUCUUGGUGGCAUCAAUCUUCUUGUUCAUCCAUGGCUGUUUACCUGAUAAAAUAUUGGGAUAUACAGUUGAAAAAAUUCCUGCUUCACAUUUCCAGUUUUCAGAAGAGAAAUCACACCAAGUUGCUAUGUCAGUGGCUUCAUUGUGGAAUUAUGGUGUUAAUGCUUUAAGAUCUCUUUGCAAGGGGAAGGACUCAAUGCUUUUCCUGAAGGUUGUUUUCUCCCUAAUGCUUCUUAGCUUCCUUGGAGCCAUAUCACUUCAGAGCUUAUUUAUUAUAGGACUACCAGUUAUCUUUGUAGCUUUCUACCUAUAUGAAAAGAACGAGCAAACAAUUGAUGCUGUUGUGAUGGGAGCUCUCUCCAGGGGGUGCAAAUUGAAAUCUGAUAUUUCCAGGAAGUUCGUAACCAUCAAGAAGGAUGACUAAAUAGUUGGAACUUGGAAACCCAAAUUUUUAUUCUCUUGAAGUGCAAGGAGGGAUUUUCAUUUCUAAAUUUUUUGUGGAGCCCUUCAGCGGAUAAUGAAGAUUUAAGUGUGCGCAUUAUCCUGCAUUGUUCUUUUCAGAUCCGUUUGAUGCUCUAAGCUGUGUAAUUUACAUUUUUUGGGUGGAUUUGUUCUGCACGAUUAAUUUUGCUCUCCCUUUUGUGCAUAUUUUUCCUUCCUCCUGUCUCCCCCACCCUGCAGGCAAUCAAAGAGGGAAAACCCGAAAAGGUGAAGCAGUGAAAACGUUUAUUUUUUCCCCCCUUAUUUUAUUAUGUAGAUUACAGUUUCCUUUUGUGAUUAAUGUACCGUCUGUCUUUGAUAUAUGAAAGCUAAUCUCCUUUAUUUGCAGCCCUGUUCCUUUAAUAAUUGACAUUAGUUGUG